UGUUCCUUUGAAAUCUUUGAUUGAAGAUGGUUGGAAAUUUGCUUUAGAUGAUCAAAUUACAAUGUCUGUAUUCUACUCUAAUUUUCCAAUAGGAGAAACCAUCUCUACAAUGUUUACCCUCACAUUUUUUGCAAUGUUGAGUGCCCAUGUAAAGAUUAGCAAAUUGAAGGUUUCAAUUGAUGAUCAUAAACUAAAUAUAGAUCAUGAGUUGUUUGUUCAAGGAGUUUCUAAUUUAAUUUCAGGAAUUCUUGGACAUUUUCAAGUUUCCUUGGGGUAUGAGGAAUCGAUUUUAAUGGUUAAAUCAGGAAUAAAUAAUCAUGUUGUAGGACUUAUACUUGCAUUUUGUAUUAGUAUAAUAGUAUAUUUUGGACAACCAUUUAUUAAAUACAUUCCUACAAUAGUCAUAGUCACAAUUAUCAUUUACUUGGGACUGGAGCUGAUAGGAGAAUCAUUGAUAGAUUCAUGGAGGUUUUCCAAUAAUUGUGAAUAUUCCAAUAUCAUAGUCAUAAUAGUUGCAAUAAUUACUAUUGGAUUUGUUGAAGGAAUAGUUUUAGGAAUUAUAACCUCUCAUACAUUUCUCAUAGUAUCAAAUUAUAGAAAAGGAAAAAUUAGAACAAUAUUUCCUGACAAUUCAGCUAGAUCUUCUGUUCGAAGACAUUUUUGUGACCAACAAUUCCUCAAAAAAGUUGGUGGUAGUCAAAUUCAUGCAAGGAUGUUACAUGGCUAUUUGAUGAAUGCUGUCCAAGUGCUUGAAAACAUUCAAAAGCAUCUUCAGUAUCGAAAAAUAUACCUUGUAAUUUGUGGAAUAUCAUCACAUGGCUCUGAGCAAGUUUAUAAACCAUUGGAGAAAUUGUCAUUUUGGAAUGAUUCACAUAAUGACUAUGUAAAGAUUUUUAAUAAAUAUAAUGAGGCACAUGAAUGGU